AUGUCGACGAAGAAGGAAACCAAACUGUCUGUGAGAAACCAAACUUGUUUCAAGAAACCUUCGUCACUCUCUUCUGUUUCAAAAAAGACCACUACGAAUCUGUCUUUGAGAGAACAGACCAUGUUUAAGAAAGCCUCGGAGCUUUCCAUUCUCUGCGACAUCGAAGUCUGUGUUAUUUACUAUGGCCGUGACGGAGAACUCGUAAAGACAUGGCCGGAAGAUAGGUCUAAGGUCCGAGACAUGGCCGAGAGAUACAGCAAACUAAACGAGAGAGUGAGACGCAAGAAAAGGACCAACCUUUCUCAGUUUCUGAAUAAGAAGAUCCUCAAUGACAAGAAGACAUCUUUCGAUAACAAGGACAACAAGUUCUACGAGAAAGUCUUGGAGAUGCAGGCUUCGUUAGAGAGUAGUCUACGGAUGUUACAAGAUAAGCUGCAGUUACUCCAACCCCAGAACCAAACAGAGUCAGAUCAGUGUCGUGUGGUGUCUUCUUCUUUCAAGGAUCCUCAUCAACAAUGGACAAAAACAGAGCAAGACUUAUCUACGUCAUCAUUGAGUCAACAUCAUCAGAGCAAAUUCUCAGUCUUUCUCUAUAACCAUGGAAACGGUAGCUUCUGUCAACUCCCUGACUCUGUUUCUAGCUUUGACCCAUCGACGAGUACAACUUUACUUGGGGCACAAGGAUCUGGUCUAAGAAGUAACUGCAACAACUUUGAUCUUCCCAUUCCCAUGGUGUUUCCUCCUCAGAUGCAGACACAAACCCCACUUGUCCACUUUGAUCAGUUUGCAGGGUGGACUCAGACACCGUCGUCUUUUGCAGAUCCGAUGAUUUUCUCUUCUUACAGUUAAAUUAGGUCUUCUUCUUCCACGAUCUGAUUUUUGACUAGGUCAAUGUUUUAUUAUUUUUAACUUUAGAGAUUAGAUUAUGAGUUUAACUAUGUCAGUCUCUUUAUGAUCUUUUGAAUGGUAUGUUGUCCUAAGUAUGUAUCAUGUAUGUAUUUUGUUUCAAGUUUUCUGAAACA